AUGAACGCAUUUAACUUCCCAAGGAUGGAAAAGAAAAAAUCGAGUGAAACUCAGUCGGUGUGUGUAAGAAAGGAAAGAUCAUGUUACACUUCAAGUGAAGAAUGCAGUAAGUUAAAAAUGAAAGGGGAACGCACAAAUGGACACUCAUUAAAUAGCAUUUUGACGAGAAAUAAAAUUGAACAUGUGGAUAAUGACGAAUGGAAAAUAAAACAACCUGUCUUAUUUAGUGACAAAUCAGGAAAUCAUAAAAAAAUUGAUGUACUCGUAUACCCAGUUUGUGAACAAAAUAAUUCUUACCAUUUGAAGGAAAAAAGAAGCGACCCCCCAGGUGAAUAUGUGCGCAACGGCAGUGCAGGCCACUCAGGAAAAGGCAAACAAACGUGCACAAAAAAAAUUGUUCACAAGGGACGUAUAAAUGAAGCUUCUUUUACGUGUGGAAAUAAUCACACGUUGGAAAAAGACUUCAUCGAGGGAGAAGGAAAAAAAAAAAAAAAUUCCCCCGCAACGGAAAUGUUGUCUGAAAUGGGCACUGCACACAACGAAAAAUCAGUUCAUUCUGGUCAUAUCGAAUGUUUGAGUGAAUUCACUCAUCAGUUAAAAAAUAAAAAUGAGAUGAACAGCCAAUUUGAUUACAAUGUAAAUGAUGGUGUGUGCUUUUCCUGCAAGGGUAAAAAAAACAAGGGCAAUUUUCCCAGUGUUUUUUGCAACACUAUGGAGGAUAAGACUUUGCACGGCUGCGUCAACUGUGUUAAGUCAAAUGAGGAGAAGCAACAUUUUUUGAGUAGCUGCACUCAGGGUGAAUCUCAUCGAAAGGGCGUAAAGUUGCCCCCCAAUAACAGCAGCGAAAUAAUUUAUCCACAUAAUGACAAAUUGGAAGACAAUUCAGGCAGGGCAGGACGCAAGCUAAGUGCCUCUGUGCACACAUUUUCGGAAACAACCCGUGGGAAGAACUUUUCCAGGUUAAUUAGCAAGGGGGAAGAAGACGAAUGGUCCAGUGAUGCCCUGCGUCACUGUGGGGAUGUUGACGGAGGAGGGGAAAAUAAUCCCCUCAAAUUGUGCAAAAGUAGGAAUAAGCAACACACGGACUGGUGCCCCCUGAAUAACGGUAUGCAUAUGAUGAAGGGGACUAGAAGUAAGAGAUCCCCCUUUGUGAAAAGGGUAGAGGUGGUGACACAGACAAGUGCAUGUGGGGGGAUGGCAAAUAAGUCCAGUUUAAUAUGUGGAAGGACAUUACCAAGCAAGUGCAGCUUAUCAUGUGUAGACGGUUUGGACAGUGUCUCGAGGAAGGUCUGCCGCAUCACCCCAGAUUAUAUGACGGCAGGUGAAAGAAGAUUGAAGGAUCAGUUUGGGGGGCAGGAAAGAGUGCAUACCGUUGCCAGAUCGCUGAGUGAGGUACUUAUAGAAAAUGCUAGCGAAGUGGGGGAGGGAAAAUCCACGGAAGAAUUAUACUUCACGAAAAAGGAGCAAAUGAAGCAGAAUAAACAAAACGGUGUAAAAAAUAUAGUGGCAUAUAAUUGUCCAGGCGAAGUGAAUACAUCUGGAGAGGAUGCCCCUGUGGUGGAUAAGCACGAGGAUGACAUGCAUGAAGUGAGUACUAGGGGGGAGGAGGAUAUCCAAGAUGGGUACAUAAUGCACGACGUAGGGGAAGGUCAGAAUGUUGUUCCUUCCUGCCCCGCUUCGGAUGAGGUGAGGAAGGGGAAGUGGUCAACGCGUGAGUCCUUUACUAGUGAAGUGAGUUUUGAAAAGGGAGGUGAAAGAGAAGGGGGAAAUUCCGCCGACGGGAUAGGACAAGGGGCGCCUAUUGUAGCGCAUAAUGUUACGCAUAAUGUGGCGUAUAAUGAGAGGCGUACCACAGACCUAACAGACAACAGGAGGAAGGCAGAUCCUCGAGGAAAGAGCUGUGAGGAGGAUUUAGGGAUGAAGUGCAUAAUGCAGUUGCUGACGGUGUUGGAGAGGGAACGACGGAGGAGCGGCAGAGGGGGAGAGAAAAAAGGGGAGGUAAUAAAGAAUGGAAGAAAAGGCAACCAUGAAAAGGAAGAAGGUGACGCACGGAUGUACUUUGCGAAAUAUGCGGAUGAGAUAUUUAGGGAUGAAGGGGAAGAACCAACUGAAGGGAAAAGAGACAAAAAAAUAGAUACGAAUGGAGUAGGGAACGGAGACGGGGCGGAGAAGUGGUGUGCCGCCCUGUUAGACAGAGUGGAAGAACAUCUGGGCGUCUUGAACAUUUCGCUGAACGAAAUUCUGCAGCUUAACAAAGUGAAAAAGAUAUUCUGGUACUUGUAUAUGAAGUAUAAACUGGCAGAUAGCAUCACUAUAGAGAAAUUUUGCGAACUACUAAAGGAAAAAAUAAACGAACAGAUGAGCAAAAAUUAUUUUAAGGAAUAUGUUACGUGGGAGAACUUCCACCCCUUUUGCAAAAACAACGUUGCAAAUUUCGACUACAAAAUGAUCAUUUUGGAAAAUUUAUUUUUCCUGUUAAAAUCAUACCCCCUGGAUUAUGAGGAGAAUAAAGGAUGCUUCUACAUGCUGAAUCCGCAAAGGAAUAAAAUGUUGCAAAGUUCAAGUCUGCAGGGAGAGAAAAACGCAAACGUCCAUUUGGUGAAAAAUAAGAUGAACUACCUUAAGCUGGUAAAAGAAGUGAAUACACAUUUUAAAAAUAAUUUUUUUUUUCUGGACAAAAUUUUCAUCCCCAAGGAUGCGUUUUUUUUUGUAAAGGAUUUUGAGAAUAUCACGUUGAUGGGUAACUCAAGUGAAACUUUGUUUGUGCACCAGGCUUUGGUGCAAGAUUUGAAGGAAGACUCAGAGGAGAAAAAUAGCUUCGAUGGAUUCUACGCGGGGAGUCCACCACACCAGUCAGAUUAUUAUAGGUACGUGCGUAAGAAGAAGGUACAGAGUAAGAUGAGGAAGAUGAAGGAGUUCAUUUUGUACUAUUAUGGCUUUCCCUCAGUGCAGCAUUUUUUUGAGGCACUCCUCGAAUUUGAGCGAGAGUAUAAAAAGGCGCACAGGGGGUGCAAUUCACUGAAGGGGAGGGUUAUCGAAGAGGUCAUUAACACGUUUGAAUUGACAGCCAAGUUGUACUCCAAGUAUGGAAGGAAACCUAGCGUGAAUGCGUGUCCCCUGGAGGGAGAAGAAGUAGAUUGGGGGAAAAAGACAGGCGAGGUGAACAACAUGGAAAAGACGACACAAUCGAAUAGGCAGUUUGGGGAGAAUUUUGCAGACGCGCAGAAAAGGCACCACUCAGAGUGCACCUACGAGGAGCAAAUCAGGUGUGACAUUGCCGCUACGUUUGCAAAGUGGAGGAAGGAAGGUCAUCAGGGGAAGCUAAAAAGUGACUGCCUAGAAAGGAAUGUUCCAAGGGAAGAAGCCGGGAAUGAUGUAUGCACACAUGAAGGUGCUGCCCAUUACACUGGUGCAGGAGAACCAUACUGGCUACGCGAAACCAUCGAGGAGGUAUCCCCCACGUACGAAAAUUUCUUCAACACAGUUGACGCGGCAAAGAAGGUGAAAGAAAUAAAUUUAAGGACGCUAAAAUUGUUUACAGAAAAUAUGAGGAAGGUGAAAGGGUAUCCAAAUUUCACAUCAGUUGAUGAUGUCUUCUGGGGCAUUUGCUUCUCUGACCCAGAUUUGCCUAAACAUAUCCUAUGUGAGAAGAAAAUAUUUCCCAAAAAUGUGAACUUUAAUGGUUUCAUGCAUAGCAUGAGGUAUGUUCCGUAUGUCAUUCCCGACUUCCCCGUGCCGAGUAGACAUUUCAUAUCCAUGUAUCAAAGUGAAAAAGCUAAUGAGGUGUUUAACUCGAGAAACGCUUUUUUAAAUUUGUUGAAAUAUGAAGGGAAGAAUGCUGAAAUGGUUCUGCUGAGGAAUAAAAUAAUUUAUGACCUUGUUAAAUUGUUCGUUUUUCUUUCAUCCAAUUUGGGGGUGGAGACGGGAAAAUAUGGGAAAGCUGCGGGGAUGCCAGACGGUGACGCGGCUGCCAUGGUGGAUUCCUCCUACUACAUCAACUACAAAUGCUAUUUGAGGAAGGGAAGGGAAUGUUCUUCCAAUCAGGGUGAAUAUGAGGACACGUCGAGCAGCUGCUCCUUGGAUUAUAUCCCCAGCAGCUUGGAUGAUGAGAUGGGGGAUGAAAAUGCGGUGGUCUUUUCAACAGGGGAGAAAAGUGAAAGGAAGGAAGAAGUGCCUUACCAAGGUUACCACAUAACCCACUCGACGUUGGAACAUGCCAUUACUACAAACGACAAAACGGAACAACCAUACAGUAGGAGCAAACAGCCUAAUGAGGGACGUCCCAAUUCAGUGGAAGAACUACUACAGAGGAAGAAUAAAAAAAUGUCCUACAAAUAUGUACCCAAAUGGCACAUGUCAAAUGAUAUGUUUUUAUCCCGAUUGGUAUCCUUUGAUGAAAUUCAAAUUUCUCUGGAAAAAAUAUAUCCAUUAUUUAUGAUUCAGACGGCGCUAAUUUAUAUGGUUCACAUUUCGUGCUGUACGUUAGAGGAGGAUGAGUGGAGGUACUUCUUCGAGGGUCCCUUUACUUUGUAUAACAGCUUAACCCCCGAGGAGGUAGCCAUGAGGUAUAUAAAAAUAAAGGGCAGUCAAUUCUUCAAACUGAGCAAUAUUAAAUUUAAUAAAAAUAUAAAUCUGCAUCAGGUUUUUAUGAACAUACCAGAGAAUAUGCAGUGUGCAGAAAUUUACAGACUGGCUAUAAAUGGGGAGAGCACAUCCACGGGUUAUUCUGCUGAGCCUUUCGAUAUAUAUCACCUCAUGUUCGUUGCGCGUGUCUUUUGGUACAUUUUUUUGUACUCUGACAAUUUUCUGCUUUUGCGGUCAUCCCUGCUUUGGGACGCCCCCGGGUGGGCUAAGUAA